AGCAUGCAGCACGUCCGCCCGCUGGCCGCGCUGUGCGGCGCGCUGCUGUGCGCCUCGGGACUCCUGGCCGCCUCGGGUGACUUCUGUGACUCCAGCCAGUGCCUGAAUGGAGGAACCUGCCUGCUGAGUCAGGACAGCGCCCCUUUCUUCUGCCUCUGCCCAGAGGGGUUCACUGGCCUCACCUGCAAUGAGACUGAGCGAGGUGCCUGCUCCCCCAAUCCCUGCCUCAACAAUGCUGCAUGCCAGCUCAUCAGUGACUCACACCGAGGGGAUGUCUUCACCAACUAUGUCUGUGAAUGCCCUCGGGGCUACGUGGGCACACACUGCGAGACCCGGUGUGCCAAGCCACUGGGCAUGGAGGGUGGUGCCAUCACUGACUCCCAGGUCUCCGCUUCCUCUGUGCAUGUGGGCUUCCUGGGCUUGCAGCGCUGGGCUCCUGAGUUGGCCCGGCUUCACCGCACUGGCAUCGUCAAUGCCUGGACGGCCAGCAACUAUGACAGGAAGCCCUGGAUCCAGGUGAAUCUGCUGCGGAAGAUGUGGGUGACGGGUGUGGUGACACAGGGUGCUAGCCGCGCUGGGAGCGCUGAGUAUCUGAAGACUUUCAAGGUGGCCUAUAGCCUGGAUGGACGCAAGUUCCGGUUCCUCCAAGAAGCAGACGGGACUGAGGACCAGGUGUUUGUGGGCAACGUGGAUGGCAGUGGGCUGAAGGUGAAUCUGUUCGAGUCCCCCAUAGAGGUGCAGUACGUGAGGCUGUUCCCUGUGGCCUGGCACCGUGGCUGUACCCUCCGCUUCGAGCUCCUUGGCUGUGAGCUGAAUGCAGGAUGCUCAGAGCCCCUGGGUCUGAAGGAUGGCUCGAUUCCUGACAAGCAGAUCACGGCCUCCAGCAGCUACAAGACCUGGAACUUGCGUGCCUUCGGCUGGUAUCCCUUCUAUGGACGGCUGGACAAGCAGGGCAAGUUCAACGCCUGGACUGCCCAGAGCAAUGAUGCCUCUGAGUGGCUGCAGGUUGACCUGGGUGCUCAGAAGCAAGUGACUGGUAUCAUCACCCAGGGGGCUCGCGAUUUUGGCCACGUCCAAUAUGUGGCAGCCUAUAAAGUGGCCCACAGCAACGAUGGCCGGAACUGGACUGAGUAUAGGGACCCUGGGGCUGUCGACAGCAAGGUGUUCCCCGGAAACCUGGACAACUACGCCCACAAGAAGAACGUGUUUGAGACGCCCUUCCGGGCCCGCUAUGUGCGUGUCCUACCUGUGGCAUGGCACAACCGCAUCACGCUGCGCCUUGAGCUGCUGGGCUGCUAGAGCCAGGCUCGCUGGCCAGUGAAGGCCUAGGAGGAUUGCUGAGGCUAGGCCUGCCCACCUUGUCCUGCUGCCUCUUCAUGGGCCCUGUCCCACUGUGGUCCUGCUGCCCCCGUAGGGGAACUGGGGGUCAUAGGAAGUGCCCCCAGAGGUCCCCAGCUCUGCAGCCUCUGCUCCUACAUGUGAUGGCACCCAGCCCUAUCUGUCCCAUGUUCUUAGGAACUGGGGAAAAUGAGUAAUUCUGGGAUGGACAGGAAGGGCAGACUGGCCAUGGGUCACCUGCCCCUCUCCAACUCUGGGCUGACACCAAAGGGCCCCAUGGCUUCCUGAGCCCAGUUCCUGCACACCACAUCCCAGACACCCUGGUCACAGCCUCAUCCUCUUGUCCCCUGAAUACUGUCCCGACCCUUGUCCAGGGUCUGCAGAUUCAGGGAAAAGAAGAGCUGGGUGAGCAAGGGGUGGGCUCUGCUGACUUCACCCAGAACACUCAGGCAGCUUCCAAAUACACUCAUGUCUUCACUAG